UGAUGCAAGUGGUUCGACGAUACCCGUGACGUCAUCACAAAGCGACGAGAAACAAUGGGUCAAAGCCAGAGCGGUGGUCACGGUCCAGGGGGAGGCAAGAAGGAUGACAAGGAUAAGAAAAAGAAGUAUGAGCCCCCGAUUCCCACCAGAGUUGGCAAGAAAAAGAAGAAGACAAAAGGGCCAGAUGCUGCCAGUAAACUACCGUUGGUCACCCCUCACACUCAAUGCCGCCUGAAGCUACUAAAGCAGGAGCGGAUUAAGGACUACCUCCUCAUGGAGGAGGAGUUCAUCAGAAACCAGGAACAAAUGAAACCCCUGGAAGAAAAACAAGAGGAGGAGAGGUCCAAGGUGGAUGACCUGCGAGGGACCCCGAUGUCUGUGGGCACUCUGGAAGAAAUCAUUGAUGACAACCAUGCCAUUGUGUCCACGUCAGUUGGAUCAGAGCAUUACGUCAGCAUCUUAUCCUUCGUGGAUAAAGAUCUGCUGGAGCCAGGCUGCUCAGUCCUGCUAAACCAUAAGGUGCACGCUGUGAUUGGGGUACUGAUGGAUGACACUGAUCCUUUGGUUACUGUGAUGAAAGUGGAAAAGGCCCCGCAAGAAACGUAUGCAGACAUUGGGGGACUGGACAAUCAGAUCCAAGAGAUCAAGGAGUCAGUGGAGCUGCCUCUCACACAUCCAGAGUAUUAUGAGGAAAUGGGUAUAAAACCCCCCAAAGGUGUCAUCCUGUAUGGACCACCUGGCACGGGUAAGACACUCCUAGCCAAGGCCGUAGCUAAUCAGACAUCCGCCACCUUCUUGCGUGUGGUGGGCUCCGAGCUAAUCCAGAAGUACCUGGGGGACGGGCCCAAGCUGGUUCGAGAGCUCUUCAGGGUGGCAGAAGAACACGCGCCCUCCAUCGUUUUCAUCGACGAGAUUGACGCCAUCGGAACUAAGAGGUAUGACUCCAACUCUGGAGGCGAGAGGGAGAUCCAGAGGACCAUGCUGGAGCUCCUCAACCAGCUGGAUGGCUUCGACUCGCGGGGCGACGUCAAAGUUAUCAUGGCCACCAAUCGGAUAGAAACUCUGGAUCCAGCCCUCAUCAGACCUGGGAGAAUCGACCGAAAGAUUGAGUUUCCCCUGCCUGACGAGAAGACCAAAAGGAGGAUCUUCCAGAUUCACACGAGCCGCAUGACAGUUUCUGACGACGUCACCCUCGACGACCUCAUUCUGGCAAAAGAUGACUUAUCGGGAGCAGACAUUAAGGCCAUCUGCACAGAGGCUGGCCUCAUGGCACUGCGGGAACGCCGCAUGAAAGUAACCAACGAAGACUUCAAGAAAUCCAAGGAAAACGUCUUGUACAAGAAGCAGGAAGGCACACCUGAGGGGCUUUACCUCUAACCUCCAAACCUUUCAGUUUCUUCCCACACCACCUGCGUACAUCAUCACUGUGUGAAAGAGAGGGGGCAUCAGCUGAGUUGUUCAUUUCCACAGUGAAAAUUUUGUUAUAUUUUGUGCAUGUCAUGUCUGGUUUAACCUGCUCUCUUGGUUCCAUGUUUCAGAAAUGAAUAAAAAAAAAAACUGUUGAAUACU